UGAGACGCCAUAGACAAAUAUUCCUGCUUCAAAAGCAUUAAAAAGCACUUCUUUAGGGGUGUUUCAUGGGCUAUAUGUCGUCUUUAUAAAUUAAGGGAAUGUUUGGUUUUCGCAAGAGUAGACUUUGCGCGGUACAAAUGCGACAGAACAAUUGCAUUUAACAUUGGAGCAGCAAGUGCUUUGCUUGGACACGAGAGAUGGCCAGAGUGCGAUGCAUUCAGCACCUGUCAGGAUGGUUUGUUCUGUUCAGCUUAAUGACACGCCAGAGUCACUCCAUCGAGACAGUGAAUGUCGUGGACUUCUGUGGACAGACAAUACAGGGGGAUGGCAUGAUCGUAAAGUCCCACCAGGAGUCCCGGAAGUACUACUUUGUCUCCAUUGGGACAGAUUGCCACCUCACCAUGCAGUCCGCCACCCCCCGGGACAAGGUGCAGUUCUACUUCCGCUUCUUUCUGGUCUACAGCCUGCUAAGAGUGUCCCCGCACAGUCCCGCACCCCUCUUCCCAGAAUCACCCAGGGGGUCCUCCUCAUCUGGCCCAACACGGCCUGAUCUGAGCUUGGAGCCAACCACCGGGGAGGGGCCUGAAGACCCCUGCCAUGCUGGCUCUUACAUCCAGUUCUACGAUGGGAGGGAUAAGUCCGCACCUCCUAUUGGCCAGCCACUCUGUGGGAAGAGCCCUCCCCGACCAGUGUUGUCAACGGGCAACUUUCUAACUCUACGUCUUGUGACGCGAGGAACUCAGCCAAGGGUGGACUUUGUUGGAGACUUUACUUCAUUCAGGCUGGGUUUUAACCAAUCAGAAUGCAGCGGAGAACCUUACUUCAACUGUCGCAAUGGGAAGUGUAUUCCCAUGAGUCUGGUUUGUGCAGAUGAUAAAGGCAUUGACAACUGUGGCGAUGGCAGCGACUUACUCGAUGACCCUGGUUGCAAUGGUCCUCUAUCUACACCCAAGCCUCCACAGCAUCAUGUUACCCAACCAGCACAGAUGCUGAAUGUUCCCACUCGGACAGUGUCCACUUUAAAGAACUGUGCCACUCCAAACGCCAUUCCUGAUCCAGACUCUGUGACUGAUUCCCAGUCUUCCAUUUCUCUGCUGGCGCUGUAUGUGGUUCUGGGUGUGACGGCAGGAGGGGCUCUCAUGUGCUGGUGCUGUUGGGCCCCUGGCUGGUUCCUGUGGCGUGUGAGUGUGUUUCGAUUCUUGCCCUGCUGCAACUCCUGCUGCGCUUCCUGCCAGCUCUGCGGACGGAGCUGCUCGCAAAACAAGGACCACCGACUGGCCAAGGUUACACCGGAAGGAGCCGCAACUCCUGUAUCUUCUACCACCACGGUGGCUGUGUAAAUACACUCAUCUGUUAUCUCCUAUAGAUCUUUAAAAGACUCAUAAUGGAGAUGAUGAGGACAGUAUGUUAGGAAGUGGCAUAUCAGUAGAAGUGUUCCUUUUUCAGUUUUUACAAUGAAAAAAGGAGCAAGUGUUGCUAGGCAGUGGAGUGUUUUUCACUGAUACAUUUUUGUUUUAAAAACUUAUAGUAUAUAAUUCUAUAAUUUAUAACAAAAUCUGCUAUUUUUAUUUUUUUAAACUGGAUUUGUUAUAUAUUUCAUAGAUACUGGAUCUGUGGAAACAUCAUGAGCUGAGAUUUCUAGUUUCUUGCUGGUUUUGAAAAAAAGGGGGAAAAAAAUUCCACACUACUUACCUCAGUGGGUUACAGCUAAUACUAGGACAAUCCGGCUACAGAGUACUGAAAAAUGUUUUAUUAUUAAAAGUUUCCAAUAAAAUGCUCAUAAGCAAAGCUACCUGAGAGCAUUACUAUAGCUGCAUUUUAUUGGAGUUACUGGUCACUAUACUCUCCUCCAGUUGAUAAUAUUGUGAAGUUUUUGGACCAGUCUGUUUCCUGAACAUGUGCAGUUGUGAAUCUUUGUCUUAUUAAACUAUUGGAUUGCAUAUAAAAACUAGAUUGAAGGUUAUGCCAAAAAAGUGCUAAUACUCGUAAGCUUUGUUCUGAAAAGUAUUUCCUUAAAACCAAAUCUUACAUUUUCAAUUAUAUAAAAGCUUAGAAACCUAUAGAUGCCACUGUGUUUAAGCAAAUGUAAUGUUCAAGAUAACUAGUGUGAUGUACAUAAAAAAAACAACAACUUAAAAUCACUAAAUUUUUUAGGCAGAAGUAGUAAAUAUGAUUAGAAAAAGCACAAAGUGGAUGUUUGUUUAUAAAUCUGAUACGCAAAUUAUUUAAAGGAAUAGUUCAACAAAAAAAAUUAAUUUGCUUAAAAUGUACUCACCCUCAGACCAUCCAAGAUGUAGAUGAGUUUGUUUCUUCAUCAGUCAGAUUUGGAGAAAUUUAGUGUAACGACUUGCUCACCAAUGGAUCCUCUGCAGUGAAUGGGUGCCGUCAGAAUGAGAGUCCAAACAGCUGAUAAAAACAUCACAAUAAUUUACAAGUAAUCCACACACAACCCCAGUCUAUCAAUUGAAACUUGUGAAAUGAAAAGCUGUGUGUUUGUAAGAAACAAAUCCAUCAUUAAGACGUUUUUAACUUAAAACCAUCGCUUCUGGCCAAAAUAACAGUCAUUAAUCCAUAAGAACGCUUCCACUAGCGCUUCAUCAAAUCUGUUUCAAUGAAGAAACAAACUGAUCUACAUCUGAAGGUGA